AGAGCGCUGUUCGAGGCCUACAAACUUGCUCUCUCUCAUCCCGCAACACUCAAAAGGUAGCGCGCGUUCCAGGUAGUAUAUAUUUCAUUGUCCAAAAUAAACAAUGCACCCUUUGAGUUUACACAGCUGAUAUAUUAAAAAGUUCGCGAUUAUGGUUGAUUUAGACGAGUAUAAAGAACGUGUACGACUACUUAGAGAAUAUGCACUCGGGCAUGACGUUUCAGAAGCUCAAACCACGGAAAUAUUCCAAGCAUGUUUCCAGCAUUUAGAGACAAAAUAUUCGAAAAAACCGAGCAGACUGUUGAAACUUUUGUUGCAGUUUUUUUGUUUGCUUCUUGUUAUUUCGUUUGUAUUCCUGAUUUUGUGCAAUCAAAGAUGGUUAAGCGAUAUACUCGUGAGAUUCUUACAGAACUCCAUUUAUCCUGGUUUAUAUACCUUACGUAAAGUGGCUGUACCUGUUAUCAGUUUCUAUCCAUCUUUAUCUGAAUUAUAUGAUGAAUGGUGUUUAAUAGAGAAUCCAUAUUUCUAUGUCAAUGAUAUGGAUUGUUGGCCCUGUACUGUAGUUCAUUCUGUACCAGACUUGACUGGUCACAAUAUCAGUAAAUCUUUUAAUGUUGGUAUACCAUUCACUAGAGCUGAGAAUAAUACAAAGGUCAAGAUGAAUGAUUUAGUCAAUAUAUAUUGGAGUAACUAUGAUGUCUUUGAUCAGGAUGCUAAAAGAAUCAUCUCGAAUAACGAAUCUCUCAAAACCAUACAUGAUACCAUGGUUAACAGACUGGAUAUGUAUCCAACUGAUUCAUUCACCACUCAUGUAUUAUGGAAGAUAAAUCGCAUGAAGCCUAACAGGAUACUACGAAAGUUAUUUCCAAAACCAGCUGAAGUUCCAACUUGGUGGAGUCAAGGCACAGAGAAAUUUGUCUUUAUUGACGAAUCAAAAUCACCACCUUAUUCAUUGCCUAAUCCCGAAUGCAGUAAUAUUGUGAUACGAUGCGCAGCCGGUGCAAGACUGAUAAGGAUGACACCAAGUUCAGAGUGUGCACAACAUUGUAGAUCUUCUAUCAUCUUGCUGUCUGCUGGACAUACACUAUGGUACAAUUGGUGGUAUUGGAGACCCGUGAGUCUACCUGUGUACAAUGCUACUGAUCUCUCUAUUGGUUAUCUAACUUCGUUUUGUUAGCACCAUCGAUAGGAACAUUCAUACGAUGUGCCAAAGUGAUGUAGCCGUCUGUCAUACAU